AUGUUUUGUCGAUUUGAACGAUUACCUAUUUGUUCUUCUUCUGCAUUAUCACUGCUGUCAUUGAGUGUGAUGAGGAGCUUCGCGGUUGUAUCGAAAGUUACCAAAGAAAAUUUAAAUGUUGGUACAAUAGGUCACGUAGAUCAUGGGAAGACUACGUUAACCGCAGCUAUAACGAAAGUUUUAUCUGCAAAAGGCAAAACAAAAUUUGUGAGGUUUGAUGAGAUCGAUAAAGCAAAAGAAGAACAACGACGAGGUAUAACAAUAAACAUUGCACAUGUUGGUUAUGAAAGUAAUUUGCGAAGAUAUGCUCAUACAGAUUGUCCUGGACAUAGUGAUUUCAUUAAAAAUAUGAUAUGUGGUACAACGCAGAUGGAUGUUGCCAUUUUGGUAAUUGCCGCAACGGAUGGUGUUAUGGCACAAACGAAAGAGCAUCUUUUAUUGGCUAAGCAAGUGGGCGUUUCUAAGGUAGUUGUAUUUAUAAAUAAAGCAGAUCUUGUUGAUGAUGAUGUGAUGACAUUAGUAGAAAUUGAAGCUCGUGAAUUGCUUGAAGAACAUGGUUAUGGAGAUGAUUCAGUUGUUGUGAUUAAAGGAUCGGCAUUGAGAGCUUUACAUGGAGAGGACGAAAAAUGUGUAGAAAACUUAAUCUGUGCGCUAGAUCGAAUUCCUCUACCGAAGAGGCUGCAAGAUGCUCCAUUUUUAAUGCCAAUUGCAUCGCGAAUUUCAAUCACCGGCAGAGGAACUGUUAUUGUUGGAACGGUGGAGCAAGGGAAAGUGAAAAAAGGUGAUAAAGUAGAGAUCUUGGGAGAAGAUCAGUCUCUUCGCUCUGUUGUCUCUGACAUACAAGUUUUCAAAAAGAGUGUUCCUGAAGUUUGCGCUGGUGAUCACUGUGGUAUAUUAUGCCGUGGUGUGAAAGCAAAUUCAGUAUGGAGAGGUAUGUGGCUAGGAACUAUUGAUGCAAUUGUCAUGUCCAACAUUUUCAAAGUUGAAAUAUAUCUUCUAUCUGAAAAAGAAGGUGGGAGAAAUUUGGCUAUACAUUCAGGCUUCACUGAUAAAGUAUUCUGCAGUACAUGGGAUCAAGCUGGUCGCUUAGAAUUUGAAUCUGGAAUGCUCAUGCCUGGAGAACAUUGUACCGCAUAUUUAAUCUUUCUGAAAAAGAUGCCUGCACGGCAAUCAAUUCCAUUUACUAUACGCGAGACCAGUAAAAAAACGAUUGCUCGUGGAAUAAUUCGAGAAAUUUUGCCUGCUGUUAGAUUGGAGUCUUUCAGAGAUAUGAAAACCAAAGGGUUCGAAAACAUCGUUAGCCCGCAGUAA